AUGCACAAGCUUAAGCUAUAGUUCCUGAAUUAAGACGUUGAAGAUAAUUACAUCAAAGAACACUAAUUUCCAAAAAGAAGAUUUUAUUUAAAAGUUAGUACCAUAGCAUUUCAAAUUUUAUUAUUUUUCAAGUUGAUCGUUUCACUUAUUGAACAAAAUUAUACAACUGUUUACCCUUUGCUUAUUUCAUGGGGAAUUACACUUCCCUUCGUUUUAUUUCCAAUCAAAACUGAUUUUUUCAUAAGAAUGAGUAUAAGCCUCCUUAAUAUUCUUUAUAUUGGCUAUCUUCUAUUUUUUGAUCCGCAAGAAGAGGCUGAAAUAAUGUAUUUUAAGGGUUCCACUCAGAUGGCUGCAAAUGUUGUAAAUAUUUUUGUGCUUGAAUUUAUUGAUUCAUCAAUCCUAAGUGUUAGUUUGUUAAUAAUGAGAGUUACCCAUCUCAUUUACUACAGUCCAAAACUUGAUUUACCUACAAUUGUUUUUGCUAUAGGGAUUCAUGUUCUUUUAAUUUUAAUGAUUUACGUUUAUCAAAAAGCAUUGAGAUCUUAAUACCUUUUAACAAAAACCGAUUAAAGAUGGGAAAACAUACUGAAAUAAAUUAUUCAUGAUCAAAAAUUCAUACUCUUAAAUUUUGACAAAGAAAAAAUUUAAUUCAAAAAUAUAAGUUCUACAUUUUCAAAGAAUAUAUAAACUUAAGAUGAGGUGAUAAGUUUUAUUCGAAAUUCAAAAAUUAAAAACCUAACUUUAGAAUAGUAUCUUUAUUAAAACGUGAAUGACUUUUAAUCCAAUUGUAUCGACAGUCUAAACAAUAUUAUUAUGGUUACUUACGAUAGAUAAUUCUUGAAACUUAAUUUCUCAAUAUUUUUUGGAAACUAACCUACCAUACUAAUCUAGAAAGAUAUUCACUAAUAUGAAUCAAAUUUAAAAAGCAAUUAAAAAGUAAAUAAAUUGUAUCUCAACAUCAUCACAUCUCUCAUCAAAAUUAUCAAAUAAAACAAAAAGUAUGAUGAAAUUAAAUUUCAAAUAGUAGCAAAAAAACUAUUUUUAAAAAAUCUAAUUUCAAAAAUUGAAACUCACAAUUUUUCAUCCUAAUUAAUUAGCUUCAAAAAGAUUUUACAUAAGGCUUACGUUCUAACCAAUAAAAAAUGUUAAUUCUUGAUAUGUUAAGACUUUCAAAUUACUACCAUUCCUAAGAUAUUUGAUUUAUUUUUAGCGUUGUUAAUGGAUUGUUCACAUAAUGAAAUCAUUAGCAUCAAAGAUUUGAGAUCUGAAAACUAAUAGAUUGCUAUCAAGUUUGGUGGGGCUUUAAAUAUCAAAAGGUUGAAAGCAUAUUUAGAUAAACUAGAGUAUUAUUUCCUCCUGAUUUUUCAAAAUAUCAAAUAUGAUGAUGCUUAUGUGACAGUUAAAUUAAACGAAGAGAUCUUUGUACCAUUUAAGAAUUUACCCUCUCAUCACACAUCAUAAGAAAUACUGCAUCCAUGA